AUGGCUCCAUCUCCCAGGAGAAGCAGUAGGAAAGAUGCCAACGCCUUGCCAAGCAUGUCCUCAACUUUCUGGGCUAUCAUGAUCCUGGCUAGUCUCCUAAUCGCUUACUGCAGUCAACUGGCUGCAGGUACAUGUGAGAUUGUUACUUUGGACAGAGAUAGCAGUCAGCCCCGAAGGACUAUAGCCCGACAAACAGCUCGCUGUGCAUGUAAAAAAGGACAGAUUGCCGGUACAACAAGAGCAAGGCCAGCCUGUGUUGAUGCACGAAUUAUCAAAACAAAACAGUGGUGUGAAAUGCUUCCAUGUUUAGAAGGAGAAGGCUGUGAUUUGCUAAUCAAUAAAUCAGGCUGGACCUGUACACAACCAGGAGGACGGAUAAAGACAACCACGUCCUAA